AUGCGCAGCUUCUGCUGCAGCAGGUCUCUGCAUCUCCUUCCCUGCACAUCACCCCACAACAACAGCAACAGCAUCAGCAACAGCAGCAGCAGCAACAGCAGCAGCAGCAGCAGCAGCAACAGCAGCAGCAGCAGCAACAACAGCAACAACAGCAACAUCAGCAGCAGCACCAACAGCAACAUCAGCACCAACAGCAACAUCAGCAGCAGCACCAACAGCAACACCAGCACCAACAGCAACAGCAACAUCACCAGCAGCAGCAGCAGCAGCAGCAGCAGGAUGGCAGCAGCAGCAGCAGCAGGAGGUAAAGGCUCUUCGGGGCGUCGAGCAGAGGAGGGCACUGCGCAUUCGCUCAGCAAUGUAGGCAAAAUAGGCGGGGAGUUUGCUGCAACAAAAGCAGCACCUUUUAUUCAAGAAAGAUUAAAAUUGUUUAAUACACUCAUGAAUAAACAAAAUGAAGACCUCAAAAGCAUGCCUCGCAAAUCGAUUGUUAUUGAACUUCCUGACGGAAGUCGCGUCGAUGGGGUUUCCUUCGAAACGACUCCGAUGAAAAUUGCUGAGGGCAUCUCAAAAGGAUUAGCAAAAGCUGCAAUUGUUGCUAAGGUUGCGUACAAAGAAGAGAGUGCUUCAUCAACAGAAAUAGCAGCAGCAGACUCUGACGAUACAGAAGAAGCAGCAGCAGCAGCAGCAGAAGCCGCCGCCGCCGCCGCAGCAGCAGCAGCAGGAGAUUCAUGUUGCGGUGGAGACGCAGCAGCAGCAGCAGCAGCAGCAAACUGGCAGCUCUGGGAUAUGAGGCGGCCUUUAGAAGCAGACUGUAAAUUGCAGAUUUUAAAGUUUGACGCCCCGGAGGCUCAGACUGUCUUCUGGCAUUCAAGCGCCCAUAUACUCGGGCAGGCGUUAGAGAACGAGUUUGGGGCUUUGUUGACAGUGGGCCCCGCAUUGAACCCAGGGUUUUAUUAUGAUUGUUAUAUGGGAGACUUUGCGAUGAAUGAGGGUUUGCAUGCAUGCAUAGAAGCAGCAGCAAAUAAAUAUAUAAGUGAAGAUCAGGUGUAUGAGCGUUUAGUUUGUACGAAAGAAGAAGCCUUAGAGUUAUUUAAAGAGAAUCCUUUUAAACAAGCUCUUAUAAAAGCAAAGAUUGCAGAUAAUAGUAAAACAACUGUAUAUAGAUGCGGGAGCUUAGUAGAUCUAUGUAGAGGGCCUCAUAUCCCUUCUACAGGUCUAUGUAAAGCCUUUGCUCUAACAUCGCAUAGCUCGGCUUACUUCUUAGGGUGCAGCAGCAACGACAGCUUACAAAGAGUAUAUGGUAUCUCGUUCCCGCAGCAGCAGCAGCUGCAGCAGCAUUUGCAGCUAUUGAAAGCAGCAAAAGAGAGGGAUCAUAGAUUGUUAGGGCAGAAGCUUUCUUUGUUUUUCUUUGAUAAUGCCUCACCUGGGAGUGCCUUCUGGCUGCCAGAAGGUGCAAUAAUAUAUAAUAAGAUGAUAGAAUUUAUUCGGAGAGAAUAUCAAUUAAGAGGGUUUAAAGAAGUUAUAACGCCUAAUAUAUUUUCAUGCGAUCUAUGGAGGACAAGCGGACACUAUGAAAACUAUAAAGAAAAUAUGUAUUUAUUAAAUAUUGAUAAUAAGGACUGGGGUCUAAAGCCUAUGAAUUGCCCUGCACAUUGUAUAAUGUUUAAAUAUAUAUCUCCUUCUUAUAAACAAUUACCUCUACGUCUAGCAGAUUUCGGUGUAUUACACCGCAAUGAAGUUGCAGGGUCCUUAUCGGGUUUAAUUAGAGUAAGAAGGUUUCAACAAGAUGACAGUCAUAUAUUUUGUGCAUUUAAUCAAAUAGAAGAAGAAGUAUUAUCUUGUUUAGAGUUUCUAUUCUAUGUUUAUGAACGCUUCGGCUUCUCUUUUUCGCUUGCAUUAUCUACAAGACCUGAUAAAGCAAUAGGCUCUCUAGAGACGUGGCACAGAGCAGAAGAAGCUCUUAAGAGUGCAUUAAUUAAAGUUAAUAAGCCUUGGAAGCUUAACCCUAAAGACGGUGCUUUCUACGGGCCGAAGAUAGAUAUACAAUUGCAUGAUGCUCUUAAUAGAGCUCAUCAGUGCGGCACUAUACAACUAGAUUUUCAGCUGCCUAUUCGUUUCAAUCUUCAAUAUAAAACAAGUGAAGAAACUGCAGGAGCAGCAGCAGCAGCAGCAGCAGCAACAGCAACAGCAGCAGCAGACGAUCGUGCGGAAGAUCAUGAUGCGAAUGAACACAACACCAGCAGCAACGGCAGCAGCAGCAACAGCAGCAACAGCAGCAGCAGCAGCAGCAGCAAACCGGAGGGGCAGCUGAAGCCUGGCAUGUCUCGCCCUGUUAUUAUUCAUAGAGCAAUCUUCGGGUCUCUAGAAAGAAUGUGCGCAGUUCUAUUAGAACAUACAGGAGGCAAGCUGCCCUUUUGGCUGUCUCCGCGUCAGUGCAUUGUUUUGUCAAUUUCUUCAAAGUCUGCAGACUACGCACUCAAAGUUAAAGAUGUGCUUCUUACACACGGUUACAACGUGGGUUUGGACAUAUCGAGCAACACAAUAAACAAGAAGAUAAGAGAAGCAGAGCUGCAGCAAUGGAAUCUGCUGCUGGUAGUAGGAGAGUCAGAGAUGAAUACAAAGACAAUUACAAUUCGAGAGAGAGGCUGCAGCAAGAAGCAGCAGUGCCUCUCUAUGCCUCAGCUGCUGCAGCAGCUAGCAAGCAUGCACAUGCCCACCUCCAGAUCCCCCGCCGAUCUCGAUGAGUGGAAACGCCCAGACGAAGAAUAA